GCCAAAGAACAGGUGCCCAACAUUGGCACAAAAGCUCCUUUAGAGCCAAACAUGAAUUUGGGAUUAUCUCAGUCAUUAACAUGGAUAAGAGUUUGCUCUUGUGACACUUGAUUAGUGACACACUAUUUUUUUUUUCUUACAGGAGAUGGAUUUUGUUUGUUUUGAUGAAGGAAGAGAUGAUUUUGAUAAUUAUAAUGUAGAAGAGCUUUUAGGGUUCUUGGAAUUGUACAAUUAUGCAACUGGGGAUUCUGAGAAAGCUGUAGGAAAAACUUUACAGGAUGUGGAAAAAAACCCUGAAUUAUCUAAGGAAAGGGAACCUGAGCCUGAACCAGUAGGAGCCAACUCAGAGGAAAGUGGCAGAGUAUUCUCAGAAAAGGCAAAGUAUCUUCAGGAACACUUCACAGCUCGGCAGCACCACUCCCAUACAAACAGCCAAGCAGAUCAUGCUCAGGGAGAGCAGCCUUCAUUUGAAGCUUUUGAAGAAAUGCUGCAAGAUAAACCAAAAGUGCCAGAAAGUGAAAACAACAAAAUCAGCAAUAGUUCUCAGGUCUCAAAUGGACAGGAUAAGAUUGAUGCCUGUAAACUUUUGGAAAAAGAAAUGACUCUAGACUGGAAAACCACAUUUGGCUCAACAGCUGAUGGACUUGUAUCUGAUGAUGAAAGAACCAGACUUGUUACUUCAUUAGAAGAUGAUUUUGAUGAGGACUGGGGCGCUGAGUAUUAUGCAGUUGGGAAGAAAGAUGAGGAGAACCAAGAAGACUUUGAUAAGCUGCCAUUACUCACCUUUACAGAUGGGGAAGAUAUCAAAACUCCAGCGAAGCCCGGAGUUGAGAAAUAUUCAACAGAUAAACAGCAGAAUUCAAAUGAAGAGGAUAAGGUCGAGAUAACUGUGCGCCCUGGCAUCAAAAAUGAUGAUAAAAAUAUACCAACAACCUGGGGGGAUACUAUCUUUUCUCUUGACACAGGAGGUGAAGAA